UAUACAGGCCAAACAGAAAUUUAAAACAUAAUCCCAAAGUAAGCUGACAUGCCGUUACUAAAAUACCAAUUUAAACUUUACCAAAGACUAACUGAUGCUGAAAAUGUUUUACACUACAAAAUGAAUUUCCAUCACCAUGAUUUUGGCGGCCCCUGUGGACAAAAGUAGUAGUGUUUCAUAGACCCAGAUUGUUUUUCGAAACCUUUCAUUUUACUGCAGCAGGGUGUGACACAGGUUGCUCCGCACAGUCUUGUUUCUGGUUCUCCAGUUGCUCCCUUGGCUCCAGAAGGCCCAGCGGUGCAGCUAAAGACCCUACAGGUGAAGGUGUCUGUGUCAGCAGCAGGAACUGUCGAUGCAAAGAGGGGAACGCCUUGGUUUGGUGGGUGAGGGCGGCUUUACAGAUAAGUAGAAUCAUUUUAAACGACCCUUCAAAACCAAACUAGGCUGUUUUCAGUUGUAAUGUCGGUAUCUUCUCUACCAUUGAUUUGCUGUUAGUGGUAUUGGUGACGGCCCAGCAUUUGGUUUGCUUAUUUUGAGGACAUUAAACUCUUGAAGUGCAGGAUAUCUUUGUUUCUGAAAGGUAUCCCCAUUUGUGUGACAUGAAAGUGACAUUUAAACCAAUUUUUGCAAGUGAAGGGUAAUUUGUACAGCAACAUUUCAAUCUCACAACCUUUGAAUUGAACAACAAAUAGAUGGAUUGUUCACGUAUUUUUGCAUCAUAUGAGAAUGGUGUGCAAUAUAACCAUUAUAAUUUUAGGCUUUAUGGUUAUUCUAUAAAUUGUUAACGUUGCACUGGGAAGAUGGUAAAAUCAAGCAUAUGAUCCAAAAAAAGUCAGUUAAGUACAAUUAAAAGAAUAUAGUAUUUAUUCUAACAUGCUCUUGUUAAUUUGAUAAAGAAUAAUCCAUAAUUUAAGCCAUUGGUGUAAAAUACUUUUACACUGACGAUAUAUUUCAUAAUAUAUGAAAAUGAAUGCUUUUGGGGAAGUGGAUUUUGAGAAUCCUUUUGCAAUUUGCCCCUCGCCUUCUUAAGUUCUGACAGUGGGAGCAGCUAUAAACUGUAUAUCUUUGUUAUUCCAUAGUUUUCUGCAAUGUCCCUGCAGCCUGGUUGUUCGAUGCAGUGUGGAGGUUCAGAUUGGAGGUGGGGUCUACUCCGGCUGGCAUGUUUGCAGAGCGUCUUGUGUUUAUCUGUGACAUACUACAUCUUUCUCUCACUGAGACCGAAAUGCUACACAAAGGCCUCAAUAUGUUCAUCUGCAUCUCCUGAAUUUGAUGACACUGUUUACGUGAAUCGUCGUGACUGUCGGCGUGACUGGCCUAUGAGAAUCCACAGAUCCCCCGGGGACCAAAGGUGGAGUGGAGCUCAGGGAUGAUGCUUGUUUGAGAUCCAGAGCUUCCAGUUUGAACGGUUCCUCCUGUUCAGCUCAAACACUGGGCCGUGGGAUACAUCCUCACGCAGGGAACUAGAAAAGACCCCUCUGCAGGAGCCCUGGGACUUUCUUUGUGGGUAAUAUGCACUUCUAGCCCCUGACUUCAAAUCAUUUAAAAUGCCAGCCUACAAAGAAACGCUGCUCUUUGCAGCAUUCUUUGCCUUCCUUGGACUGACCCAGUGCAAAAAGUUGCCAAGCUUUGAUCUGCUGAAGGACUUCCAUGUGCCCGACUCGAGAGGAGUGAGGAUCGUGAACGGUUCUCAGCCUCAGACGGUGGCCUACCGCGUCAACCCCUCCGUCCAUCUCCGGAGGACCAUGAGCAAUGUGUAUCCAGACGGACUUCCCUCCGACUACUCCGUCAUUGCAACAUUUAAGGUGACAAAGGACGCUGCCAAGAAGUCCUGGGACCUGUGGCAGGUCAGUGACCCCGGGGGUCAGGAGCAAGUUGGCCUGCGUUUCCAGGGUGACACGCGCUCUUUGGCCUUCUUCUACACCGGCCCCCGCGGGAGCCACAUGCUGAGAACCUUUUACGGCGUGGAGCAGCUGUUUGAUGGAGAGUGGCACAAGUUGGCGCUGAGUGUGAAGGGCAGCCGGGUGAAGCUGCUGAUCGAUUGUGAAGAGGUCAGCGUGGAGUCCAUUGACGAGCCGAGGCCGGUCCUCUACCGAGGGUACACCUCCAUCGUCAAGAGGGCUGCAGGAGAUCGCUCUAUGUCUGUGGACCUCCAGCAGAUGGAAGUGUCAUGUGACCCGGAGCAGGCUUAUUCAGAGGGCUGCUGUGAGCUUUCCAGCGUGUGCGGAGGAUACGCAGAGAUCGGCCUAACGGCUGGAAGAGCGUCUUGCAAAUGCAUGCACGGACAACCUGGUAUUCAGGGAGCUCCGGGACCAAAGGGACACAGAGGUCUUCCAGGAAAAGCCGGAGACCAAGGAAGACAAGGAAACUGGGGAAUCCGGGGAAACACAGGAGACUACGGAAACAUCGGCGAGUCCGGCCAAAAGGGUGAAGAAGGAAUCAAGGGCGAGAAAGGAACGAGAGGACUCUGGGGCCAAGUGGGGGGCAGAGGUCCUAAGGGGCUGAAAGGAUUAAGAGGGGCAGCCGGCUUUAAGGGAGUUCGUGGACCACCUGGAGACAUCGGAGAGACAGGAAACCUGGGAGAAAUUGGUGCGAAAGGCGUCAAAGGACACGAAGGGAUUCCCGGAUUUCAAGGCGUUAAGGGAGAAAUGGGGACCAGUGGUGCAGCAGGGCGUGCCGGGCCCAAAGGAAAACAGGGUAUUGUGGGAGAUCCUGGAGAGAGGGGAGUGCCUGGAUUGAAGGGACAGCCUGGGAUCCUUGGACCAAAGGGCCGAGGUGGCUCCAUCGGGCCGAAGGGCAUUGUUGGAGAUCCGGGCUUACCGGGUAGAGAUGGGGAUCCAGGAAUACAGGCGUAUCAAGGACCACAAGGCGGCAGCGGAAAAUUUGGACGAAUCGGAACAAAGGGAGAAAAGGGAACCCUCGGGCCAGCCGGUGAAAUGGGUCCCCAAGGCCGAACCGGCCCAAGAGGUUACAAGGGCUCUGCUGGGAAGCCAGGAAGACCUGGAUUUAUUGGCCCACCGGGACCUGCUGGACACGUGGGUGUGCCUGGAAAACCAGGGUCCAAGGGUGACACAGGAAAACAAGGAAUCCAAGGAGUUAAAGGUCAACAGGGGGAAAGAGGAGUUAAGGGACCAAAAGGAAAGGUUGGAGAACAGGGCGAGCUGGGUCCUCAGGGAGGACGGGGGAAGCGCGGCCCGGCGGGCCCACCUGGGCGAUCGGGUCCCGUUGGAAUCAAGGGCAUUCGGGGUGAAGGAGGACCAGAUGGCUUUCAAGGACCCGCGGGUCCACCGGGCCCGACACUCCCGGCGCAACACGUGAUCGAGGUUUGUAAGAAAGUGAUCCUGGAGCAGAUGUCCAGCUUUGCCAACUCGGUGAAGAGGACUUGUGCUGCCGUUUGUCCUCUGUACGGGGACGUGCCAAUGGGCGCACCGGGUCCCACCGGACAGAAAGGAGCCCCCGGACCUGCCGGUGACCCUGGUAAUGAUGGUGUUGAUGGAGAAGUGGGCCUGCCGGGAUUCUACGGAGAAGUCGGGGAACUAGGCCGGAAAGGAGAAACAGGUGACCGAGGAGAGAAAGGCGAUAAAGGACCCAGGGGUCAUGGUCUACCUGGCUACUUUGGAGACCAGGGACCAAAAGGCCAGCGUGGGCGUCCUGGCAGAGCCUUCAACGGGCAGCCGGGGAAGCAGGGUGAGAGGGGACACCUGGGCCGGCCUGGACUCAGGGGCCACGCAGGCCUCAGGGGACCUCCAGGUGUUUGUGUCACCUCUGGGUGUGCUCAGCUGAACUCCACCAGCGGGACCCCUCAACCAGCAACACGCAGGUUGAGGAACCGUUCGUAGAGGAAGAGAUUGUGGACGGUUGAUUGAAUGUCGAGCUUAGGGGAGGAAAACGUGGUUCAUUGUUUUUUGUUAAUAUGUAUGUUGCUUCACGUAAAUUAAAAUAUUCAUGUAAAUAUGCAUCCCAGCUGAACUUAUGGGAAUGGUUUGAUCUACAAAGAACACCUAUGCGAUUGGAAAAGUGGGAACAAAUGUAUUUGUAUAAAAAGGCUGGCAGCGUUUUUUUUGUCUUUGAACAUCUGUUCUUACAUCUGUUCUUACAUUUAAACAUCUAAAUUUAAACUCAUGAUCACAGUUGGGUCUCUGAUUGAAUAAAUCACAAGUUUCUAAAAUUGUUAAUGUAAAACUAUAGAAUAUAUAAAGAUAUAUAGAUAUAGAUAUAUAAAGAGUUUGUGUUUCCCUGUCAUGAGUGAUUAGCAAAUUAAUCAAAACUCUGAAGAAGAGUGCAGCCAAAAGUGAACUAUUUUCAUGCAAAUGUUCUUCAGCUGUUGUUAGAAAUAGUCGUAUAUAGAGUGCCUAUAGACUAAACCUUCCCUUGGUUUAUUUAACUCAGUGCAUAUAGACUAAACUCUCACAUUCAGCCCCCACAUAUUAUAUGCAUUUGAUAUAUAAUAUAUACAACAAUAAAUUGUGCGCUUUGGCAGACAGUGUCACAUGAUGGAUACUGGCACAGAAAACUUUCUUUAGGUAACAGUCAUCUGGAAUGGCUUUUUAAAAAAUGACUUUGUAUUAUCAGAAAAAUAGACAUUUGCUACAAUAAAAGUGCAAUAAAAGUGGUCACUAUAUAUAUAUAUAUAUAUGUAUAUUUUUUAAAGUUGGCUAGUAGGUCAAGAAGCUUGGUCACAAAGAAGUACAAUGUAAACGCUGUAAACAAGCUCUUCAAGCUCACUGUUGGUCCCAGAACCCCACAUUCUGAGAUUGCUGAGGCAAUGAGGCUUUAUAUAAUGUAAUCAGCAACAGUAAAUAUGUGGAAGGUUUAUAGUAUAUAAUUUGGAGGAUUUGUCGUCUUCUUAAUUAUUAUACAUUACAGAGUUACACUUUAGUCGACGGUAAACAUUAUGACCUAAAACCUGUCCUUACUCUUUUAUAAGACGUUGUUGUAGCAAUGAAAAACAAACAAGGACACUUGCAUCAGUGUUUUUCCCACACGGGGGCUCAGCAGACACUGUUGUAGCGCCGUUGCUUUACAGCAACACAGAGCUGGUUUUAUUUCCUGGCCCAUUGCAACUUUCCAGCUAAUAAACCUGCCGGUCAAGUGGAAUGGAGACUCUGAA